CGAGUGGAAAAGAGGCCUUGUCACAAAGGGAGAUGGGUUAAAUGUGCUGAUCAUCACUGGUUGGUUCCUGCUCAAAGACAAUCAUAUGAGUGGUGUCGCUGGACGUUACACAAACAGCAAGGAAGAGAGCGAUGAUCCUGUCGUGUAUGUUGCACCAGGCACCGGCGCAUGCGGCAUCACAUAUACGGACGAUGACUUUGGAGCUUGUUUGAAGCCUGGUUGGGUCAACUCUGCUAAUGUCAACGGUUGCAACAAGUGGAUUCAGGCUACUUCUGAUGCGAGUGGCAUCUCGGUCUACGUCCGCGUUGUCGACGCCUGCGGAGCAUCCAGCAACACUACAUUUGGGUGCAAUGACUUGUUCCUAACAAAAGCCGCGUUCACGGCUCUUGCCGGAUCCAACUCAUCCGAAGCGUUGCAAACAGGUCACCUUCCCGGGAAUGUGUCCUGGGAGUUUACCAACGAGCCAUGUGGCUUCUGCGCUAUGGGUUACCCGGGCAAACUUCCUUGCUCCGGCGAAAACGACCCUUGCAUCGGUCCUGAUCACGACAGUGUCAUGAGACCUGGUAGGCUCAACCUCACCGCGGCAGACUCUGCUGCCAUCUGCCGAUCCCCCUUGACCUCCAUGACCAAGGUCAAGGCUUCGGCUAGCAUUAGCUCUUGCUCGUAAAGUCAUGAAUACGCGGCAGUAUUUAUGCAUGUUCAUUUUGCCUUGCUCCCUCUGCAACAUCAAUCAAAAAAUACAUUUGAGUGCAUACUUUUGAAAUUACAAGGGGUGUAGUGCAGCC